AUGGAAACUUCAACGAUUGAAACAGAGAUUUCAAGCAAAGACUACUUUGGCAAGCCCCGUGUUUUAUCCCUUCUUUCGACAAUCUUGGAGAGGUCUGUUCAGAAAAACGAGAGAUUGCUCGAAGCUUCACAAACCAGAGAUUUUGUCACAGUAUUCCAUGGCUUAAGAGAACCUUCUCUUAGCAUUCAGCAAUAUAUCGACCGCAUUUUCAAGUAUUCGUGCUGCAGUUCGUCUUGCUUUAUUAUUGCAUAUAUAUAUUUGGACAGAUUUGUUCAACGGGCAAACUUAUGCUUGACUUCUCGCAAUAUCCACCGCCUUCUUAUUACCAGUGUCAUGGUGGCAGCAAAAUUUAUGGAUGAUAAGUUCUUCAAUAAUGCAUAUUACGCGAGAGUUGGAGGUGUCACCACAUCAGAACUGAACAAGUUGGAGCUGAAGUUUUUGUUCGGAGUGGAUUUUCAGCUUCAUGUUAGUGUACAGACAUUUAGAAAGUGCAGUUUGGUUUUGAGAAAUGAGUCAAAAGGCAGAUUUAUCGAGCGCUCAAUCCAUCUGUGUGGAGUGGAAGAGAACUGCCCGAACAAUGAUGAACCCGUUUGUUGUCCUCAGUCAAUCUCUUGA